ACCAGUUUUCAGUCGCCUUUCUGCUGUAAGACCACGUGCAGGAAGUUUAAGUCGUUGCUCUGUCAUAGACCGCAGUAUCACGAUCGCUACUCGCGGACACCUUAUAAUAAUUAUCACGCUCAACAUUUUAUUUUCUUAUUUUAAUUUCAAAUUUAUUUAUUGCUCUUAUUACUCACCAUCGAGUUUACCGACGAUUUCUAAUUCAAUUUAUCAAGUUAUUAUAUUUUGUUUAUUUAAAUUAUAAUCAAUAUGGCUUUUACUUCGCUUUUAAUAUUUUUCCACAAAAACGGCUACCGUGGACACCAAUCAUGUCUGUCAAAAAUUUACAAUUAAUGAAGUGGAGUUUUCCGGCACUUGCUUUUAUUAUUGGGUUUUUUUGGUACAAACGUCGAGGAGUAGAUCGAGUUGACCCCGGUGGGAUAUCCAAGUCGGAUAAAAAAUCAUCAACAGUAACAACAACAACAUCAACAGCUAAUGAGUCAAACGGUGAAAUAAAUAUACCGAAAAAUAAUAAUUUGAGUCUAUACGACUCGGGAAUUCACGUUGAAGAUUCAUUUGGCUCAAUAAACACAUUAAAUCGAGUAUCAUUAAAAGAAUCAGUUGUUACUUGUAGUCCGCGCAAAGUAAGUGAAAGCUUAGAUAUACCAAUGAAGAAAUCAGAUUCAAUGACAAUGUCAAUGUCAAUGAGAUCAAGAAAAUCAUCGGGUAAUAGUUUACCUUGGUAUGAAGACGUCGAGGAUUUGCCUGAAAUGAAGGAAAUAGUAUUGGGCAGUAAUCCAAAAUCAUCAAAUUUUGACUUGAUGAUUCGUAAAAAACCUCCAGUUAUUCUUGAAAAUAUCGAGGACAAUAAUAAUACAAGUUCUGACCCUGUCUCAGAGCAAGUUAUUGUCAAUAAUGUUGAAUCAGUUGAUAAGCAGGAACAAGUUGAGAACAAAACCCAAGAGAAAGAGGAUAAAAUUGAAGUAGAAGGAGAAGAUCAAGAAGAAUUAGAACAAACAGUUGUUGCAACUCCUCAAAUAAGAUCACGUUCAAUUAGCAUUGAAACUUGUGAUAAAACAAAUGACACUGUUUCCACAACUGAUGAGAGUAAAACAGGACAAGCUUUAUCUGAAAGAGAUUCUGCAAAUCAUAGUCCUGUUUCUGGUGUAUUGGACGGCAGUGUAAAUGAUGAUAUCAGAAGUGAAGGCAGUACAGACAGUGGAAAAGGUGGAAGUAUUAAUGGAAAAGUAUCAAAAACUAAUGACAAAAUAUUUUAUGAAUUUAUAAUUCCUGAAAAAUACGUUGGAAAACUUAUCGGAAGACAGGGAUAUUCAAUAAAAAGUCUCAAUGACCAAGCAAAUGUUAACAUCACCAUUGAUUUUCAUCCAACAGAAGAAAACUUAAGAUUAUGUAUAAUUGAAGGACUAUCAGAAAAUAUUACGAGAGCAUUAGACUUAAUUAGACAAAAGUUUUCGAAAAGAAACUACUCAGACUUAUCAUUUGAACAAGUUAAUAUAACGACAACACCCAAAGAAAUAAUAUGGGUGCCAGAAUUAAUGCAACUCCAAUUAAUUGACGGUCUCAAUAAUGAUGUAUUGGUGUGUCAUAUUUUACAACCAAAUCGUUUAUUCAUACAAUUACCCACACAUCCUACGUAUCCCACAUUGAAGCUAUUAGAUUAUAACAUGACACAAUUCUAUAGCACUGUCGAAUCACCUCAUGUGCCAGACCAACUUAACCGCGGUAUGAUUGUCGUUGCACCCUGGUACGAUAAAUGGGUUAGAGCUUUUGUUGAAGAACCAGAUGCUGAAGGUUUACAACAUUUAGUGCGUUUAGUUGAUCAUGGUGGUUUCUGGACAUUUGGCAGUUCUGAAAUGCGUCAAAUAAGAUCUGAAUUUCUUACAUUGCCUUUCCAAACUUUAGAAGUUAAUUUAGCUAAUGUAAAACCUAUUGCCGGCGAAUGGUCGCAAGAAGCGUACGAUGUAGUAGCUCAACUUUGUAGUAAUUGUAUUAGUCAAGCACAGAUCGAAGGAUAUAUUGAUACAGAAGUUUUCAUCAGUUUAUAUAUCACAUUACCUAAAUAUGGGGUGAUAUCCCUUGCUGAUGAAUUAAUAGCACGUGGUUACGCGGAGUCUGUAAGUUUUGAAGAAUUAUUAACAGAGCAAUGUACGCCGUUGGUAGCAUAAUCUGUGUGAUUUUUAAAAUAGACUCCGUACCUGCGUAAGUCAGAUAGAUUUAUUAUUAUUGAUAAUGAUAAAUAAUUAUAAAUGUGUGAUUAAAAGCGUAAAUGUAUGAAUGAUUUAUAUAUUUAAAUGGCAAUAAGUUUAUCGUUUCGUUUUAAAAACUUUUCAUAUUCAUACUAUUCACUAUAUUCAAAUCAGUAACAUUAAAAUAUUAAAUACAAAGUUAAAACUUUGAAAAUAUCUCAUUCAAUUUACUACAAUCAUUCGUUUAAAAUUGAUAUUUAUUUUUUUCAUGACAUUUAUAAUUAAUAAUGCAUGUUUAUUUUUUUUCCACUAUAUUUUAUCGGCGUACUUUGAAAGUCGAUUAUAUAUCAGAUUUGAAAUUAAUGUUUCGACUUUAUUAAGACAAUGUUUUAUUAAACUUCAUCACUUGAAGUAUUUAAUUGCAGCGCGUCUUAUAAAUUAAAAAUAAUAAUUAGUUUGAGUGUUUAGAAACAGUAAUUGAUAAUCGAUAAUGAUAAAUGAUAAAUAUAAAAAAAAACAACAAUAAUUUUUUCCGAAUAGAUUGAGUUGAUUGUGGAUGUUUUUUAUGAGCCAUAAUUAUUUCUUCUUGCAUAAUGACGAUAGUUUUCUGCAUUUAUUAUUCUUACUAAAGAAUAAGAAAAAAAAAUAAUUAAACAGUGACAUUUUUUUUGGAUUGAAUUCCCUUGAAAAUAUUAAUUUAAUUACAAGAUAGAGUUGUGCUUUUUACGAGACUUUCAGGCUUAGUUUUGGUCGUCAUACAUCUUCCUGUAAAUAUUGUAUCAUUAUAUAUCCGCUUAUUAAAUAUUUAUACUUUAUUAUAUAUACUGAUUAAGCGUAUUAAUAAAUGGAAUAAAAAAUAUGAAAACAAAAAAAAAGUUGAGUAUGAUGGUAAUAAUGAUGGUGAGGAUAGUAAUGAGUUUAGUCGUAGAAGUUGAGACUUGAGGGUAUUCUCAGCCAGUGUCCCCCACUUUUUAAAAAUAUGAAAUUUCUUUCAACUAUCACCCUGAAGUUAGACGACAUUUAAUAAUUCUUGAAUGUUUUUUUUUUUACCAAAUUAAUUGCAGAAAAAAAAACUAUAAAUAAUGCUCAUGUAGAAAAUUUUAAAAACUACAGGCGUAAUUUUUGAAAAUAUUUGUUUUUUUUUAAUUUAUCAUUUUUAAAGGAAUUCAAAAAUUAUUAGACGUCGGCUAACUUCAGUGUCAUUUUCAAUAACCAUAAGCGUAUUAAAAUUUUGUUAAUUAAUUAAAAAAAAGACAAUUUCCCCGAGAUAUAGACUUUAAAAAAAAUUAUCGCUGAUAUCAAUUAGUGAAAUAAAAUUUGUUGAAUAAAUUUCAGCUUAAGAAAUUUGAAAAUUCUAAUUAUGAAAUUGACAUGAAAACUUUACUGAAAUUUAUUUUCCAAAUUUCGUUUAACUCCUAAUUGAUAUCAAUUGUAAUUUUUUUUUAAAUCUACAUCUCAGCGAAAUUGUAAGUUGUCCGUUUUUCAAUUAAGGUUUUAAUUAUUUUUUAAUUAAUCGAUAAAAUUUUGAUAUGCUCACAAUAAUUGGAAGUCAUUGAAAAUUUUUAAAAAGUGAGAGGCACUGUAAGAAUGCCCUUAAGUAUUACGCGUUUUGUUUCUUAUUAUAUUUGAAUAUCGCAAGUCAUAGAAAAAAAAUGAUUUUUUUCUUUCUAUAUUUUUGUUGAAAGGAAUAGAAUCUGCGGCGAUAAAAUAUAAAAUAUUUGUAAUAACAAUAAUAAUAUUACAUACUGAGCGUCAAAGACCCUCUACAUAUAAUUAAAAUAUAACAAUAAUAAAUCACGAUAGCUGGGAGAUGAAGUUUUCAUGACGAUAAAUAUAAAGAUAAUUAAUAAUAAUAAUAAUAAUAAUAAUAACAAUAAUAUUUACAAUUAUAAUGAUAACAAAAGAAAUGAGUAUCAUAGAAUAGUAAAAUUAAUAUUACAAAAAAAAAAAAAAAACAUAAAAAAUGAAAGAAAAAUAUUUUACAAUGCCUCAAGUUAUUAAAAAAUGUUUAUAUAAUUGUUAUUCGAUAUUUUUUCAUAUAAUUUUCAUACGUAAUUUUUGAUAUGUAUGUAUCUAAUAAUUAUAAUAGUAAUAAUUAUUAUUAUCUCGUUAAUAUUCGAGAUAUAAUUAAAAUUUUUGAUAUAAAAAAAUAUAAAUAGUGAUAGAGGAGAGAAAAAAAAAAGAAAAUUCAUUGAUUGAAACAACUUAAAUACUUCUAUAAAUUUUCAUACUAAAUUUAAUUGUAUAAAUAUUAAAAGAAAAAAUUAAUAGUAGAAUUUUUUUUUAUUUUUAUCUGCCAAGUUAUUAUGAUAUAAGUUUAGUUGUUUUACUUAUUCGUUUAUUAACUAUAAUUUAUAUUUUUAUAUUAAUAAUAAUAAUAAUUACAGUCGUUAAGUCUCGUUGACGGUGCAUUUUUAAUUUUAAAUUAAGAAUUGUACAUUAUAAGAGACUGAAUAAAAUAUGCAUUAAAUUUAUUAAAAAAAAAAAAAAAAGUAAAUAAAUAAAAAAUGAAAAAAAAAAAAAAAAUAAAAAUAUUUGCGCAAUUAAUAAUAUUUGUGCUCAGCUUAACUUCCAAUACUGUUUUUUAUAACAAAUGUUAAAUGAGAUACACAGAAACUGUUGAUUUCAGAACUGAAAAUUAAAAAAAAUAAAUAUUUUUCUAGUUAUAUUAUUAUUAUAAUUAAGAAAUGGCUCAUGAGUGAUUACGACAUAUUAUAUAACCAACACGUCAUUAUCAACGAGAUAGUAAUUUUUUUCUUUUAUUAUUUUAUUUUAUUGCUUUUUUUUUUUAAUAUUUAAUCAUACGAGCAAAAGAUUUUUUUCUUUUAAUCACAUUGCAUAAGAUUAAGAAAUACUUAAAGGUCUAAAUUGAUAUUCGUUUGCUAACAUCAGGAAAAAAGUUAUAAAAAUUUUUAGAAACUGUCUGUACAUAAAUAUCAAUUUUAUGACCCAGCUAUCAGUUAACUUAUCAUCACUAUUUUACUUAUUAUCAUUAUUAUUAUUGUCGAGAAGUAAAGUGAUUUGUACAUAUACUUCAGUGUAGUAAUCUUUGGCGUUUUCAUAAAAAAAAAUUUUUUUUUUUCAUUAUUAUUUUUAUUUCAUUAUUGGUUUUAUAAUUUUAAAUAUUUUGUCAUAAUUAAUAGCAUUUGAUUAUUAAAAUAAAUAAAUAUAAAAUAAUAUUUA